UCUGCCUGUCCUUUCCCAUCAAAUUACGCAACUCUGCCACGCCCUUUUCGAGGCUCACUUCUUCGAGCUGGUCUUUGCUCUGUCUUCCAUCCACUGUUUCUGGCUCCUCCAUGGCUUCUCUACAAUCAUUUCAAUUCCGCUGCUCAUUCUUCCCUCUCUCGACCAAGCUCCUUCCACUCUCUCGGACCCCCCAAUUUUCUCUCCUUUUCUCCGCGUCAUUUCCUCGUAAUGCACGGGUUUUCUCUUUCAGCGGAUAUGCGAAAGCCAGAAAUGAAGUCUACAGAAUUCGCUGUUCCUCUAAAGUCGGCUCCGAAAUUGAAAAACUUUCGAUUCAGAACGACGAUGAACGGCCACCUUUUGAUAUCAACCUUGCUGUGAUUUUGGCGGGAUUCGCAUUCGAGGCUUACACUACCCCACCUGAAAACGUAGGAAGGCGUGAAAUUGAUGCUGCAGAUUGCAAGACAGUGUAUCUUUCUGAGCAAUUUCUUUCUGAAAUCUACGAUGGCCAACUGUUCAUAAAGUUGAAAAAAGGAUUCGAUUUCCCUGCCAUGGAUCCAUGGGGAACAAGUGAUCCGUAUGUGAUCAUACAAUUAGAUUCUCAAACUGUUAAAAGCAAGAUUAAAUGGGGGACAAAAGAGCCAACAUGGAAUGAAGAAUUUGCUUUUCAUAUAAAGCAGCCUCCAACUAAACCACUUCAGAUUGCAGCUUGGGAUGCAAACCUUGUGGCUCCCCACAAACGCAUGGGGAAUGCAGGAGUUGACCUGGAAUGGCUUUGUGAUGGAGACUCACAUGAAAUAACGGUGGAGUUGGAAGGAAUGGGUGGGGGUGGAAAGGUUCACCUGGAGGUUAAAUAUAAAACCUUUGAUGAAAUUGAUGAUGAGAAAAGGUGGUGGAAGAUUCCUUUUGUUUCAGAACUUCUAAAGAUUAAUGCUAUUGAUUCUGCGCUAAGAAAGAUUACCGGUUCUGAUACAGUGCAAGCCCGCCAAUUUGUGGAAUAUGCAUUUGGGCAGUUAAAGUCCUUCAAUAAUUUUGAUAAAUAUGAUGCUGAAGGCUCUGGGACAUUGAAUGAUUCUUAUAUCGCAUUAGAUAUGCCUUCAGAAGAGGCUGGAAAUUCAGAAGCCUUCAGCAGUGAAACUUCUAGUGAACAGAGAUAUAUGGAGGAGCACACACAGAACUGUGAUACUGAGAAUGGACAUGUUUCUGACUGUGAUACUGAGAAUGGACAUGUUUCUGACUGUGAUACUGAGAAUGGAUAUGUUUCCGAACUAUCAAAAGAAGUUGGCAAGGAAGAGCAAUCAGAUCAACUUUUUUGGCGGAACCUUGCUGAUGUUGUCAAUCAUAACAUUGUCCAAAAGCUAGGUCUCUCAGUUCCUGAGAAACUAAAAUGGGAUGGAUUUGACUUUUUAAGCAAAAUUGGCUCUCAGUCACGAAGUAUGGCAGAAUCAUUUUACAUUGAAUCUGGGCUUGCAACAUCAGAAGGAACAGAAGAUGCAGCCAGUAAAACAAGCAGCCAACCUGCUAUUGCUGCAAUUCAAUCUUCAAUUCCAGAGGUCAAAAAAGCAACACAGAAUUUGGUAAGACAGACUGAAUCAGUUUUGGGGGGAUUAAUGCUUCUGGCUGCAACAGUUUCCAGGAUGAACAAGGAAGGACAUUCAGCGGAAGAGAGGGAAAGCAAAGAUGGUAAAGUAAGAGAUGCUAAAACACAAUAUUCCACUUUGCAAAAACUUCCUACCUCAUGGAAUGGGUCUGCAUUGGAUGAGAAGAAAACUGAGGAAAUGAAAAAUCUUUUUUCAACUGCUGAAAGUGCUAUGGAGGCUUGGGCAAUGCUCGCAACUUCACUGGGCCAUCCUAGUUUUAUUAAGUCUGAGUUUGAGAAAAUAUGUUUCUUAGAUAAUACAACCACAGACACCCAGGUUGCUAUUUGGCGUGAUUCUGCACGGAAAAGGUUAGUGGUUGCUUUCAGGGGAACAGAACAGGCAAAAUGGAAGGACUUAAGAACUGAUCUAAUGCUUGCUCCUGUCGGGUUAAAUCCUGAAAGGAUAGGUGGCGAUUUCAAGCAAGAAGUUCAAGUUCAUAGUGGUUUUUUGACUGCAUAUGAUUCAGUUAGGACCAGGAUCAUCUCUCUAAUUCGACUUGCAGUUGGUUAUAAAGAUAAUCAUUCUGAACCACUGCACAAGUGGCAUGUUUAUGUGACUGGUCAUAGUUUAGGUGGUGCAUUGGCAACCCUGCUUGCUCUUGAACUUUCAUCUAAUCAACUAGUGAAGAAGGGAGCAAUUUAUGUGACGAUGUAUAACUUUGGCUCUCCCAGGGUUGGCAACAGAAGAUUUGCAGAGGUUUACAAUGAGUUCACUGGAAGUAGCCACAUCUUGGUUGUUUUGUUUGAAUUUCCAAAAGCAGUAAGAGCUUGGCCAAUGCGUUUGCAGAAAGUUAAAGAUAGCUGGAGAGUUGUAAACCACAGGGACAUUAUACCUACAGUACCUCGGUUGAUGGGUUAUUGUCAUGUGGCUCAACCUGUAUAUCUUGCUCCAGGAGAUUUUAGAAAUGCGAUGGAAAAUAUGGAGAUUCUUGGGGAUGGAUAUCGAGGCGAUAUAGUUGGGGAAUCCACACCAGAUGUUCUAGUCAGUGAAUUUAUGAAGGGUGAGAAGGAGCUUAUUGAGAGGUUAUUACAAACUGAAAUCAACAUAUUUCGUUCAAUAAGAGAUGGGAGCGGUCUUAUGCAGCACAUGGAGGAUUUCUAUUACAUUACGUUACUAGAGAGUGUGAAAUCAAAUUACCAAACUGUAUCAAGUCCACAGCCAGAUGAACAACUAUUUCGGAGCCAAUAAAGUUUCUCUCUUUCAAGGCGGGUUACCCAAUUUGAUGUUUACUUGUUAAGACGGUAGAAGGACUGGUUGAGCUGAAGCCGUAGUUCAACAUUUCAGAGAGCUUAUAACCAAGCGUCUACUGGGCUUAUAACUAUUGGGGGAGAACAUCAGAAUUCACAAUGAAUAAAACACAGACCAAACCCUGAACAUGUCAAAAAAAUGUACAAAUAUUCUUUCCUAGCUUCAUUUAUUUUGUGUGUGUGAGAGAGAAUGUAUUCGAUACCUUAAACUAAAAUUGACGUGCUAAGGACUCGUUGUUUAAACAAGUAGUUGGAGAUUUAAAUCUCAA